GAUCAGUCAGUCUUUACCCAGCCUCACAGCUCUUCAGUCACUCAUUCAUAUCUUUCCCCAAUUUUUGCUCCUGUUUAUCAAUUUUCGAGAGGCCUCUUAAAUCAGCAAUAUGCAGUUCCUCGCAAUCACCAUCGCAUCCCUCGCCCUGGGCUCCCAGGUCCUCGCCGCCCCUCUCACCGUCAAUGGCGUAGUGACCGAAGUUGUCUCCCUGCCCGGCCAAGCAGUCAGCACAGUCGAGUCUGUAGUCAAGCGAGCCAUCGACGUCCUCUCUACCGUCAACAGCGUCGAGAGCGAAGCUCUCGCUCUCCCUUCCACCGUUACCACCGAAGUCUCCGGUGUCGUUGGCACUGUUGCCAAGAGAUACAACAAUCAAUCCAUGGUCCUCACUGUCUUGAGCUCCGUCUCAACCUUGAAGACAUCAGUUCAAUCUGAUCUCUCGACCAUUUCUUCAACCUUAGUAUCAGACGUCACAACCUCCAUCGUCCCCACGGUCCACUUCUCCCUUCUUAACAUUAUGAGCGCCGUCAACGGUACAUCCGCCACUGUCGUCUCCAGCGUCAUGUCCCUCGCCCUCCCUCUCGCAGCAGGCGAAGUCGAAGCCGUGAUCUCCACCAUCGGUGAAGUAGAAAGCAUGGUCUCCGACAUCAAAUCCACUCUCGAGACUCUGGUCGGCAGUGUCGAAGCUGAUGUUAUGGGUUUGAUCGCUCCUGAGGUCAGCGCUGUUUUGACUUUGGUAAUGCCGUUGGUUUCCCCUCUUACUGCAUUCGCUUUCAGUGUUGCGGGUACGGUUACUGGGACCGACGCUGCGAGCCUGCUUACGGGUGCUGCGUCCAGCUUGACUGGUGUUGCGGGCGACCUUUUGAGCCCGGUUGGCGCUGUUCUGAGCGCUCUGUAAGGAAUAAAUUCCGCAUCAAGUGCGUGUUGAGAGAUGGGUUAGGCUUGGGAGCUGGAGAAAGGUGUUAAUAAUUGUAAAUAAUUAGAUCGUUGUUUCAAGUCUGGGAGACUUUUGUAUUACUUAGACGAGCGAAUGAACGACUAUCGUG